AACACCUUGUUGGGUGCCCAGCUGAGCCAGGACCUCCCCCAAUCUGGCUCCUCCUCCGUGUUUCAGGAACAAAAACUUGAGGACGUGACUGCUCGCGGGAGGGAGCGGUGCUCCAGGCCUUCACCGCUCCAGCCUGGUUGGGAGGGAGCCAAGAUAGAGCGUCUGCUCCAUGACCUCUCCACAGUACAGCUCUUGAGAUUAGCAGUUGGAAAAGGGCAGGAAGACUUCUCAGUAGAGGGCCACGCUGCCGAGGAUGUGGGGCUCUUCACUGCUUGGGGCUGGACAAGGUUCUGCGGGGAGUGCCUCCAGCCAUGUCUGCAGGUGCCAUCCCCUCUGUGCCCGCUCUGCCGCCUGCCCUUCGACCCCAAGAAAGUGGACAAGGCCACCCAUGUAGAGAAGCAGCUCUCAUCUUACAAGGCACCCUGCCGGGGUUGCAACAAGAAGGUGACUCUGGCAAAAAUGAGAGUGCACAUUUCCUCCUGCCUGAAGGUCCAGGAGCAGAUGGCUAACUGCCCCAAGUUCGUUCCUGUGCUGCCCACAUCCCAGCCCAUCCCCAGCAAUAUCCCCAACCGGUCCACCUUUGCUUGCCCAUACUGCGGAGCCCGCAACCUGGAUCAGCAGGAGCUGGUGAAGCACUGUGUGGAGAGUCACCGCAGCGACCCCAACCGUGUGGUGUGCCCCAUCUGCUCGGCGAUGCCCUGGGGGGACCCCAGCUACAAAAGCGCCAACUUCCUGCAGCACCUGCUGCACCGGCACAAAUUCUCCUACGAUACCUUCGUGGACUACAGCAUCGACGAAGAAGCCGCCUUCCAGGCUGCCCUGGCUCUGUCCCUCUCUGAGAACUGAGGCACAGCCUGGCCACCCGCCUCAAGUCUGGGGCCGCAGACACAGUCCCGCCUCAAGGGACGGGGUGAUGGCCCUCCUGCCCUGGCACCUGCGUGGGAACGCGCCUUACCGGGCUAAGUGGAAUUUCACACAAGGAGAGCUGGUCUCAGAGCCCCCAGGGCUGGGAUGCCGGCUAGCUGGCCCCCUGCCAUCAAGCAGGACCACUGGGUCCUGGCCAGCAGCACUGGGUCCUCGGUGCUUCAAGAGGCAGGUGCUGGCCAUUGGGGUAGAGCAGUUGGCUGCCUUGCCCAGCCAUGAUAUCCUCGUGUGGAGAAGGAUGAGGUGCCCUAAGCUGUGCCCCAGCAGGACCAGGGGAGGAGGCACCCAGCCAGGCUGCCAGCCCACCCGGUCCCCAGCUUUGCUUCCACCGUAAGCAUUUGGUACUGGCUUUUGUGAUAUUUAGGAACCCUGCGUUUUUCUAUCUUAUCCUGUGUGAUAAUCUUUUCACGUUUUAUAGAGCAAAGACAAAGCAGUUCCUCUUCAUACCGCAAUACCUGUGUUUGACUAGGAAGAACAGUAUUUUUAUGGAGCAUUUACAAAGUUAUAUUUUUUAAAAAAAAAUAGUCAAAAAUAAACACUUGUGUGGGAUCGAUCAGUACACAGUGAAGGAGAAGUGGGCAUAGCCAGCGCUUCCUCUGUGUGUGAGACAGGUGGUGUCCCCAAGCCACUCGCUUUUUGAGGAGGAGGAGGAGGAGGUUCUUGUUUGCUGUUUUCUUUUUGAUGGUGACCCUGAAGAAAUCUUCGCACUCCUGGCCACUUGCUGUGGCUGCUCCCAGCAGAUGUAGGACAGUCCAGGCAGAAGGGGGCCCUUCCCCUGCCCCAGGAACUGUCCAUGGCUCCCUGUCACCUUCCAGAGCCAACCACAUCCCUCCUCAGGCAGGGACUGCCCUUAACAGUGGUAGAGCCCUCAGAGGCCAGAGAAGCCUGCUUGGUGGGAGGUCAGGUUAGAAAAUACUUGUCGGCAUCUUGUUCUGUUCAUGGCAUAAAUUGCUGUCUUUUCAAAAGAGUUUCAAUAAAUUGUUUCCAAGCAUCCA